AUGAAACAGAUAAUGCGUUUUGUCUUAUUAUAUAAAUUUAAAAAGUUACAGAAAAAAAAAAAAAAAAAAAAAAAAAAAGAAGUAAUACAGGGUAUAAAAAGCAAGAUGCUUAAAUCAUCCGAAUUUGUUGAAAGUGUAAUUCCUUCUAAUAGAAAUGAAAUGACACCAAUAAGAGACUCAGGAUUGGGCAAUUAUUUUUGGAAAAAUCAAAAUACUAAUACCACCAAUAAUCACACCGUUGAACAAGAAAAUAAAUAUCAGGAUAUACCUUAUAAUCCAUAUUCUUAUUCACUAUGGCAAGAACCAAAUAAAAACAAAGAAGUUUUGGAUUCUAUUAAGGAAAAAAUCGAAAAACAUGAAUUAACAUUGAAAAUCUUAGAAAGUGGACAUAAAACUACAAAAACAGAGGUCAUUACGUGCAAUGAGAAAAAAGAAGAUUUCGAUCAGGAAUCUAACAAUAAUAUGAGCAAUUUUAUUCAAGCCUUGGAAAAUUUUUUUAAAAAUGAAAAUGAUUAUGUUAAUAAAUUGAAAUAUGCUUUGACAGUCUAUAAAUAUGAAUUAAAAAAUAACAGAAAGUUAAAGGAUAAAAUUUUACCAAAGGAAAAUAUUAACGCUGAACUAUUGAUUUUUGGAAAUUUGAGUACAAUUAUUGAUUUGAGUGAAAAUUUCGUAUCUACUUUCCUACAAAACUUGGACCAAAGCCAGUCAACUAGUUGUUCAGAUAACCGUGAAUUUGUAUGGAAAGUUUUAAAACAAAAUAAAACCGAUACUAAAUUGAAGUAUUUGGAUAUUGGAAAAAUUUUAGAAUUACAUUUCUUUAAAAUGAAACAAACAUAUUUAUCGUAUUUUUUGGAAUAUAAUAAACAAUUAAAAUAUUUGGAUAGUUUAGAAACAUCUAGAGCAACCGCCAACUAUGUUAGAGAGUGGUAUUCAAUAUGUUUAACGGAAUGCUCAAUUUCCUUACCUGAUAUUCUAAAGUUACCGAUCAAGAGGUUAUUUACCUGGUGUGAAUCUAUAAGUGAUUUGUUAUUAUAUAGUGAUAAUGUUUUAACUACCGAGAAUAUUAGAUCAUUGAGUGGAUUCAACACCAUAUAUAUAAAAUAUCUAACAGAGGUACAGAAUGAAGCCUUUAUUUAUAAUAACUAUGAUCAAAAUUUACCAACACCCGUUGAAAUAUCGAAUUUGUAUCAAAAUAAAUGGAAAUCUCAAAAAAAUCUUGGUUCAACACGUUCAGAAACGGAAUAUUUAUCAAAAACAUCAAGCAAAUAUUCAGAUAUAGUGACAGAAUACUAUGAUACCAAUUCUACAAGCAGUUAUACUUGUUUGGAUGCGAAACAGGAAGAUAGGUUCAGUGAGGAAAACAGAAGCUUGAAAGAGUUGUGUUAUAACUUUCGAAAUAUUCAUAAAAAUACACAUACCUUUAGGAGUAUUUUACAAAACGUGGAUUGGUAUGGACCUAUUAAUAAACUAUUGAAAAAUGCAAUUGUUUGGCAAAAUUUUAUGGAAUUAGGCCAGAAUAAGUCCUUGGAUGACUUUUCCAUAUAUAAAUCUUAUGUGGAAAAGUUGCAAUGGGAAAAACAAGAAAUUGAAAAAUUGGUUGAAUUCAAAAUAGAACAAAGGUUAUAUAAACCAUUAGUUCAGCUUUUGGUAUAUAGUGAAACAAUCGAAACACUAAUAAAGGAUUUGCAAAUUUUGAAAAAAACUUUAAGUAAACAGUUUCAUACAGACGAGCACAACAUAAGAAGGGAGGCAUUAGAAAAAGAAUACGAUGUUUUGCAACUGAAUUUAUUGAGACAAUUACCUGUGUUUAACAAAUAUUUGUUUUCUUUUGUGAAUAUAUUUUUGUUACAGUAUCAUGAGAUAUUGCAAGAAUAUUUGACUAUAUUAUGUGGGGGUGAGAUGUUUAGAGAUCGUGAAUUGCAAUUAUUAAAAAACGGUACAAGACAAUUGGGUGAUAAUUUUGAUAUUUUACAGUUGUAUUCUUCUUCAAGAUUUGUUACAAAAAAAGUUGUACGAGAAAAUUGGCCGUACAAAACAGAUCCGAUUAAAAGUGAGAUUGUAAGAAGGUUUUUUGAGCUAUAG